AUGACGCGCACGCGCCGCGCCGACUCGGCGCAACCGGCGCACGACACCGCCGAUUCCACCAAGCAGCUCAAGGACACCAAGCGCCACCUCCCGGGCAAGAGCAAGCUCCCGCGCCCGAAGAAGAGCGGGCGCAUACCCGAGGAGGACCACGACCACCUGCUCGCGAAGCCCAAAGCGUACGCAGCGCCCCCCGACCCUCACCCGUCCGCCGUUCGCGUCGAGUCGUCGAGUGAACCAGCGCACGACGUCGUGCGCGUCUCGGCGAGCCCGAGGCGGUCCCCGCGCCUCGCCGUCGGGCCCGGCGGGCGCCGCUCUCCCCUCACCACCGCCGAGGCUGUCGCCGCCGCCACCUCCGCGAGGACGCCGGGGCUGGCGCUGCCGACGCAGCCGGGGUCGUUCGGGACGAGGGCGGUGGGGCCGGACAUGUCGAUCGCGGGCGCAAUGAGCCGCGGGGGGUGA